CAACGAAAUAUCCAUUUUAAUUUUGUCGGGAGAUCAAUAGUUUUCCCUUGCAAGCAGUCUACUCUUUGCAACUUCCAGAAUCCAACGUCAUUCACUUUUUUUGUGUUUCCAAUUUCUACUGCUCAUAACAACAGCUCACUCCCACAAAUCGAAUUGCUUCUUUUUCUGAAUAAUGCCAGAAAUUUUGGGAUUCUUGAUGGCGGUUUCGCCGAUCUGGGACUGCUCAUCGUCGGCGAUUUGAUGAACCCAUGACUUUUCUCGGGUCCAUUGAAUUCAUUUCAUGGAGUUCAAGAUUUGUUCUACCAAUAUUAGUAUUACCAGAUGCAUUGUUUUUCCCAGAAGGAAAUGGUGGACUGAGCUGUUAGUUCUCCAGAUUCUUUUAGUACUAGUAUUUUUAGACAUCAGUCAAGCAAAAUACGGUGACAGACAGUUACGGCCACGAAGAUUGGAAAAGGGAGGUGAAAGUAUUCAAUCACAUUCAUGCAUUCAUGAUCAGAUAAUUGAACAGAGGAGGAAGAGACCUGGACACAAGGUGUUUUCUGUUACACCACAGGUUUAUCAUUGGUCUGGUGCCUCAGGCCAUCUUCACCACAAGGGAAGAGAAUUGUUGGAAACUUCCAAAUCUUUGAGUUUUCUGAAGGAUGCAAAGCUACCCAUAAGAAUUUAUUUGAACUACGAUGCUGUGGGUCACUCACCUGAUAGAGACUGUAGGAAUGUUGGCGAUAUAGUUAAGCUUGGUGAGCCUUCUGCAGCUUCUGACUUGGGUAGGCCCUUGUGUAAUCCUCAUAACGAUCCUCCAAUUUUCGGUGACUGCUGGUAUAACUGCACUUUGGAUGAUAUAACUGGGGAGGACAAAACGCAUCGCCUUAGAAAGGCUCUAGGGCAGACGGCAGAAUGGUUUAGAAGAGCUUUGGCUGUCGAGCGUGUAAGAGGAAAUCUGAGGUUAAGUGGUUACUCUGCUUGCGGACAAGAUGGUGGUGUACAGCUUCCACAUGAGUACGUAGAAGAGGGUGUUGCUGAUGCCGACUUGGUUCUUUUGGUGACUACAAGACCCACGACAGGCAACACCCUGGCAUGGGCAGUAGCAUGUGAACGUGAUCAAUGGGGUCGUGCAAUUGCCGGACAUGUGAAUGUUGCUCCUCGCCACUUGACAGCAGAAGCAGAAACAUUACUUUCAGCUACACUCAUACAUGAAGUGAUUCAUGUUCUUGGGUUUGAUCCUCAUGCCUUCACACAUUUUAGAGAUGAGAGAAAAAGACGUCGUAGUCAGGUCACACAACAAACCAUGGAUGAAAAGCUUGGGAGGAUGGUAACUCGUGUGGUUCUUCCACGUGUUGUCAUGCAUUCACGCUAUCAUUAUGGGGCAUUCUCUGAGAAUUUCACUGGUGUGGAGUUGGAAGAUGGUGGAGGGCGUGGAACAUCAGGAUCUCACUGGGAGAAGAGACUUUUGAUGAAUGAAAUAAUGACCGGUUCGGUUGAUACAAGAUCAGUAGUUUCAAAAAUGACAUUGGCUUUGCUUGAAGAUAGUGGUUGGUAUCAGGCUAAUUAUAGCAUGUCAGACCGUCUUGAUUGGGGCCGCAACCAAGGGACCGAGUUUGUUACAGCCCCUUGCAACCUCUGGAAAGGGGCAUAUCGUUGUAACACGACACAAUUUUCUGGGUGUACAUAUAACAGGGAGGCCGAGGGUUAUUGUCCAAUUGUAAAUUAUAGUGGGGACCUUCCUCAGUGGGCCCGUUAUUUUCCUCAGGCUAACAAAGGUGGUCAAUCAUCGUUGGCCGAUUACUGCACCUAUUUUGUAGCUUAUUCUGAUGGUUCAUGUAUAGACACUAACAGUGCACGGGUACCUGACAGAAUGUUGGGAGAAGUCCGUGGAAGUAGUUCAAGGUGUAUGGCCUCUUCAUUAGUACGUAAUGGGUUCGUCAGGGGUUCUAUGACCCAAGGAAAUGGGUGUUACCAACAUAGGUGCAUCAACAUGACUUUGGAGGUUGCUGUGGAUGGCAUUUGGAAACCAUGCCCGGAAGCUGGUGGACCAGUUCAGUUUCCUGGAUUUAAUGGUGAGCUCAUCUGCCCAGCAUAUCAUGAACUUUGUAGUGUGAACCCUCUUCUCAUGUCGAGGCCGUGCCCCAACUCAUGCAAUUCAAAUGGUGAUUGUGUUGAUGGAAAGUGUCUUUGCUUUCUUGGGUUUGAUGGCCAUGAUUGUAGCAAAAGAUCUUGCCCUAACAACUGUAAUGGACACGGGAAGUGUCUCAAGAACGGUAUUUGUGAAUGCUCAGAUGGAUUCACUGGGAUUGAUUGCUCAACUGCGGUUUGUGAUGAACAAUGCAGCCUUCAUGGUGGGGUAUGUGAUAAUGGGGUGUGUGAAUUUCGCUGCUCUGAUUACGCGGGCUACACCUGUCGAAACAGUUCCUUGGUUCUUGAUAAUCUUUCGACUUGCAAGGAUGUUUUACAGAAUGAUGCUGGCGGUCAACACUGUGCACCAAGUGAAUCAAGCAUCUUGCGGCAGUUGGAGGAUGUGGUGGUGAUGCCCAACUACCACCGCUUGUAUCCAAGUGGAGCUAGAAAGAUCCUCAAUAUGUUCAUUGGCAGAAAUUGUGAUAAAGCCGCCAGGCGACUUGCAUGUUGGAUAUCGAUACAAAAGUGUGAGAAAGAUGGCAACAACAGAUUAAGAGUGUGUUACUCAGCAUGUCAAACGUAUAAUCUGGCGUGUGGUGCAUCGCUCGAUUGCUCAGACCAAACACUUUUCAGCGACAAGGGUCUAUGCACAGGUUCCGGUGAGAUGGAGUCAUGGUUUUGAAGCAACAACAAUUCCUCUGUAAAUUAUAGAGCAGCUUUUUGUCCUUUUUUCCCCCUUAUGUUGAAGUUCUUUUCUGGCUGUAAUUUUCUAGGUUUAUUGUAAAGGAAAAGCCGGUCAGCACAAAGUGCACCGGCUUUAGGGUUGGGAUUUGUUUACCCAACCCAGAUUUUUCUAGAAUGUAGAAAUUACACAAUGUGUGUUGUUAAAGGAAAU